AAAAGGAAAUCAUGAUGAACAGCGUCACAGAGCUUGAAGACGGACCGCAGAACAAGGCUCAGAGGAGGAGCUGUAGUUACCUUCUGUGCACCAUCCUGCUCUUCAUUGCCGUGCUACUGGCUCUCACGGUAACAGGCACCAUCCUUUUAAUGAACCACUCCCAGGCACCCCCAGCUCCCGAUGCGCCACCCCUCAUCACUACCAAUCAAGACGAAGGCAACGCCUUGGUGACGGUGGAGAGAGGCGAUGGCUCCCGCAUUAACAUCUUCAUCGAGCCCAACUGCCCCGACUACAACAGCAACUUCCUGCGACUGGAGGGGGUCCAGACGUCACUGCUGCACUCACUCACCCACCAUGACACAGACCUGAAAUCAGUGAAGGGACAGGAGCGAAGUCUUCUCGUCCAACUGGCUGAGGAGAUAGCCAAGCUGUCGGCCCACAUUAACCAGCUGAAGGCAGAGUACAGCGCGCUGAGGCAGGGCCAGAGCAGCAUCAGCCAGGAGAUCAGCAUGCUGCAGUCUGAGCAGGCCAGGCUCGUCCAGCUGUUGUCAGAAACUCAGAUCAACAUGAUGAAGGUUGUGAACUCUCUGCGUGACCUGCUCGACUCUGUGCAUAAGGACGCUGGCGGCGAAAGGGGGCUCCUGAAGGCAGAUCUGCUUCAGAGGGCUCCGGCGCGAGGGAGCUUCCGGCCCAGUGGCUGCACCAGAGGAGACGGCUCCCAACCGAGAGACUGCAGUGAUAUCUACGCCAGCGGACAGCGGGAAGACGGGAUCUAUUCUGUGUUUCCUAUUCACUUCCCAUCAGGCUUCCAGGUUUACUGUGACAUGAACACUGACGGAGGUGGCUGGACGGUGUUUCAGCGCAGAGAGGACGGGUCUGUAAACUUCUUCAGGGACUGGGACGCGUAUCGUGAGGGCUUCGGGAAGAUCACAGGGGAACACUGGCUUGGUCUGAAGCGGAUUCAUGCUCUGACCAUUCAGGCUAAUUAUGAGCUGAGGAUUGACCUGGAGGACUUUGAGAACAGCACUUCCUUCGCACAGUAUGGAUCCUUUGGCGUGGGAUUGUUCUCCGUCGAUCCGGAUGAUGACGGCUACCCGUUGAGCAUAGCGGAGUACUCAGGAAACGCCGGUGACUCAUUGCUGAAACACAAUGGCAUGAAGUUUACCACCAAGGACAAGGACAACGAUCACUCAGAGAACAACUGCGCCUCCUUCUACCACGGAGCCUGGUGGUACCGGAACUGCCACAUGUCCAACCUGAAUGGGCAGUACCUCCGCGGCCAGCACUCGUCCUACGCAGACGGCAUCGAGUGGUCCUCCUGGACAGGCUGGCAGUACUCCCUGAAAUUCACAGAGAUGAAAAUCAGGCCUAUAUGCGAGGAAAAUUAGUGAGCAAGA